CAAAGAAUGCUUCUUUCUCAUGAUGAGUCAUGAGGGUUAUAUAACUACCAAACUGAAACUAUGGGUUCAAACAGUAAAUAAAUAAAAAAAAUAAGGGGUAUAAGGGGUAUAACAGAAAGAAAUAAUCUGUAAAUAUCUAAAAAAUCAUUUUUUCGAAAUUUCACAAAACACAUCACUCUCAGUUUAUUUUACCAAUCUUCUUGAAUCCCUUCAAAGAAACGUCUGAAUAAUUCAUCUCGUUCUCCGUCUCUUGUGGAUCUUUGACGUAAUGUACAGAGCUUUGGCGAGGAGCAGAGCACUGAGAGCUAAGUCUCUCUGUGACACCAAAUCAUCGACCUUCCUUGCUUCUUUCACCUCUUCCAGCUUUCAUCUCGCGCCAAGUUUGUGUUUUUUUUUUAAAAGAUUUAGUUAAAAUUAUAUAAAAAGACAUAAAGUUUAUCAAGUUGGUGUUAUAAACAUUUGAAUUUCGUUGUGACAGUGUCCCAUGUAUAAUGAACAUACUAUUAUUUGAUCAAAGAUCGUUAUUAAAACAUGACUAUUGCAGAUUGAAUCAUUCAUUACCUUUUGCUUCCGUUGAUGCCGAGGAGAUAUCUGGUGCUCACCCCGCUCAAGUACAGAACUUUGUGCAGGGAAAGUGGAUAGGAACUUCAAACUAUAACACGCUUCUUGAUCCUCUCAAUGGAGAACCUUUCAUUAAAGUCUCUGAAGUGGAUGAAUCAGGAGUUCAGGUGGCGAGUCUUGAGUUAUAUUACUGCAACGUGGUAUCCAAGUCACAAUUCUGUCUUUGUCACUCUUCUGUUCUAUGUUGCAGCCAUUUGUUGAGAGCUUGUCACACUGUCCCAAACAUGGCGAAUCCGAGGAUGACACUCUUUACUGGCAGCUCCAGAGUAGCUGAGAAGCUGGCGCUUGAUCUCAAGGGUCGGAUCAGGUUGGAAGACGCUGCAUUUGACUGGAAAGUCUUGGGACCAGAUGUUCAGGAGGUUGAUUACGUUGCGUGGGUUUGUGAUCAAGAUGCUUACGCUUGCAGUGGACAGAAGUGUUCUGCUCAGUCUAUGCUUUUCAUGCACGAGAUUCAAGGCUCAAAGCUACUCUUUGGUGUGGAAACCGUUGAAGAACCUUUCGAUUCCUUGUGUCUACGGAGCCUUGGAGCCUACGGCAGUUUAUGUUCCCAUUGAAGAGAUCUUGAAAGACGGUAAAAACUAUGAACUCGUCACCAGAGAGAUCUUUGGACCCUUUCAGAUUGUCACAGAGUAUAAAAAAGGAUCAGCUUCCUCUUGUGUUGGAUGCUUUGGAGAGGAUGCACGCU